AUGUGCCGGUACUUUUCCCUGGAGGCCAGCAGCAGGUCUGACCGUUCAAAGCGCCCCUUUGUCUGCUUCCCUCCGGAUCCUCUGAGGACAACCUGCCCGGUGAGAGGUGACGGGGCAGCUCUUCUAGCCCCUGUGGUCAGCUCAUCACAAGGCUGUGCGAGUGCCCCGCAUGACUCAGAACAUAAUUCAGUAGAUGAGAUGCUGCCGUUAGCGCCGCCCGCUUGUCAGAGCCUGGCCGUCGCUCUGUCAACGACCCCACCCGAGCCCGUCUCCACGGCAACUCGCCCUGAGCACCAGCUGCGAGGCGGAGCAGAGGAAAGGGAGAUACAGCCACAUCCCUCCGACACUUCGUCCUACACGCUUGCAUCUCUUUGGUCCACUGCUUGUGUUCCAACCGAGUCCUCGUCCGUGGACAGAAUGACCGGUGCCCAUCUGACAGGGCUCCUGGUCGCCCUCUGCGUCAGUAGCGCAGUACACGGUGCGCCAAAGAAGAGCAGGAGACAAACCGGCCAGUAUCAGGUGUAUCCUGAGCUGCACGAUACGACGGAUGUUACCUCAGGUGGCUGUGAGGAAAAUGGUCGCUCCUACAGACUAAACGAACAGUGGGAGAGAUCCUACCUUGGAAAUACUUUGAUUUGCACCUGCAGCGGAGCGGCAGGCAUCAACUGUAAAUCUAAGUCUGAAGGCGAGGAGACCUGUUAUGAUAAGCACAAUGACCGGACGUACCGUGUUGGUGAAACCUAUGAGAAACCCCAGGAUGGGUUGAUAUGGGACUGCACCUGUAUCGGCAGCGGUCGGGGCAAGAUCAGCUGUAACACCGCAAAUCGUUGCCAUGAGGGCAGGAGGUCUUAUAGAAUCGGAGAGACCUGGCAGAGGCCUCAUGAAACGGCUGACUACAUGCUAGAAUGUGUGUGCCUUGGAAAUGGCAAGGGAGAGUACACCUGCAAACCGGUCGCUGAACACUGCUACGACAACAGCGCCGCCACGUCAUAUGUGGUCGGGCAGACUUGGGAGAAACCGUACGGCUGGAUGAUGCUGGACUGCGCCUGCCUCGGAGAGGGCCACGGAAAGAUCACCUGCACGUCCAAGAACCGCUGCAAUGACCAGGAGAUGAAAAAGUCCUACCGGAUCGGAGACUCCUGGAAGAAGACGGACAAAAAUGGCCAGCCGGUGCAGUGCCUGUGCUUAGGAAAUGGCCGUGGAGAGUGGAGGUGUGAGAGACAUAUCACAGGCCGAACUACGGGUGCUGUUGUGCUCAGCCCCACCCAGACCCAGGUAGUGCCUCAGCUCACCACCGAGGGAACCUGCCGCACCGAUUCCGGCGCCCACUACUACGAAGGACAGCGCUGGAUCAAGAACCAGGGCAGCAAGCAGAUGAGGUGCACCUGUCUUGGCAAUGGAGUCAGCUGUGAAGAUUGGGAGGCCAAGAACCAGGUGUAUGGAGGGAAUUCUAAUGGCCAGCCCUGCGCGUUCCCUUUUGUCUUCAAUGGGAAGAUCUACUACUCUUGCACAUCAGAUGGACGCACUGACGGACAGCUCUGGUGCUCCACAACCUCCAACUAUGAAACAGAUGAGCAGUAUUCCUUCUGCACUGAGAAGAACGCUAUUGUGGCAACGCGGGGUGGAAACUCCAAUGGCGCCCUCUGCCACUUUCCCUUCCUGUACAGCGGCCUUAACUACACCGAAUGCACCGCUGACGGGCGCCGUGACGGCAUGAGGUGGUGCGGCACAACGCACAACUACGACGGAGAACAGCUCUUUGGUUUCUGCCCCAUGGCUGCCCACGAAGAGAUUUGCACCACCGGUGAUGGAGUGAUGUACCGUGUGGGGGAAAAGUGGGACAAACGCCACGAGCUGGGUCACAUGAUGGAGUGCACAUGCCAAGGCAACGGCCGCGGCGAGUGGAGCUGCACCCCCCACUCACAGCUGCGAGAUCAGUGCGUUGUUGAUGGCUUGACUUACGAAGUGAACCAGCAGUUUUCUAAGCGCCACACAGAGGGACACAUGAUGAACUGCACCUGCUACGGCCAGGGCCGUGGACGCUGGCGGUGUGACCCUCUCGAUCAGUGCCAAGAACCAGAAAAUAAGGAAUUCUAUCAGAUCGGAGAGCAGUGGGACAAAGUUCUCAACGGCGUUUACUACCGCUGUUAUUGCUAUGGCAACGGGAUUGGAGAAAUGAGGUGUGAACCCCAGCAGGGCCAUUCAGACAACCACAGACCUGUCCAGGUGAUCAUCACAGAGGCAGGAAAACAGCCCGACUCCCACCCCAUUCAGUGGAACCCUUCUUCAUCUGCCCACAUCUCAUACUAUAUCCUCAAAUGGAGAAUUAAAAACACUCGUUCUCCCUGGAAGGAGGCCACCAUACCUGCCCAUGUCAACUCCUACACCAUCAGCGGCCUUCGUCCAGGCAUCACCUACGAGGGCCAGCUGAUCAGCAUCCUGCACUUUGGACGGCGGGAGGUCACUCGCUUUGAUUUCACAACCGAUCGCGGCUCCCUGGAGACAUGGGAAGGAGAGACGACUGGCCCUCCUCAACUUGUGGACUCUUCUGAGUCUGUGACAGAAAUCACCUCAAACAGCUUUGUCGUGUCCUGGUCAUCAGCAUCUGCAUCCAUCUCUGGCUUCAGGGUGGAGUAUGAGCUCAGUGAGGAGGGGGCUCAGGCAAAGGUCCUGGAUGUUGCCCGCAACGCCAACUCUGUCACCAUCGGUGAUCUUCUGCCCGGACGCAGAUAUAACGUCAGUGUGUACGAGCUGCCAGAGAAUGGACGGCCCAAUCUCAUCCUCACCACCUCACAGACCACAGCCCCUGAUGCACCUACUCAGCAAUUUGUGGAUGAAGUUCAAGAGUCCUCCAUCCGAAUCAGCUGGACAAGGCCUCAAGCCCCUAUUACUGGUUACCGUGUAGUGUACAUGCCAUCUGAGGAGGGCAGCAGCACUGAGCUGAUCCUGCCUGGCUCGGAGACCUCCGUGACCCUGGUGGACCUUCAUCCCGGCCUCCUCUACAACAUCAGCGUCUACGCUGUGAAGGACAACCUGGAGAGUGAACCCAUUUUUGUGCAGGCCAACACGGCGGGAUCCCCGAAACAAGAGGAGGUCCCAGCUCCCACGGACCUGCAGUUCUAUGAGGUCUCAGACGUGAAGAUCACCAUCACCUGGACGGGUCCGCCCAGUGAGGUGACCGGCUAUAGGGUGGCCUUCUCGCCGAUGGACCGCGACGGCACCGAGCUCCGGCCCUUUCAGCUGCCCGUCUCGCCCAAUGCGUACGCAGAGGUCAACCACCUGCAGCCCGGCACGCUCUACCGCUUCUACAUCUACGCCAUCAGCGGCGGCGUGGAGAGCAAGCCUCUGGUGGGAGAGAAGUCCACCAGGCCGGACGCGCCGACGGACAUUCGUUUCAAUGACAUCACCCACGACAGCGCACUGGUCAUCUGGGAGGCUCCCCGCGCCAUCGUUUCCGGCUUCCGCCUCCUACUGAGCAUCGAAGGCUCCAGCCCAGUCGAGAAGAGGAUCCCCGGCCGGGUGACUCAGUACGCGCUGAAAAACCUACGGCCGGACACGCAGUACACGGCCACUCUGCACUCCGAGCUGGACAACGAGCUUAGCGAGGGCGCCACUUCGUAUUUCACCACCGCUCCCCGGAUGGGUAACGCCCCUCCCUUCAGCACUGAGGUCACCGACACCUCCAUCAUCGUCACCUGGAUUCCUCUCCGCCGGUUUAGCUACAAGCUAUCUGUGCUCCCCAGCGAGGAAGGCGAGGCUCCCAGAGAGCAGACCUCGGACUCGGGGCGUAUUUUCAUCACCGAUUUGAUUCCUGGAACAGAGUACACCUACUCAGUCCAGCCUAUUUUCAACGGCCGCAACCGUGGAAACCCCAUCACUCGCAAUGUUGUCACAUCGCUGUCCCCUCCCACUGACCUCAGAGUGGUCUCCAACCCCAACACAGGAGAUCUAACAGUCUACUGGGUUGCCUCCAAAACACCAGGGAUCACAGGGUACAGAGUGAAGAGCGCGCCAACCAACGGCCAGAGAGGCAACUCACUGGAAGAGUUUGUUCCAGUGGAUCAGACCUCGUGCCAGCUCGAGAACCUCAACCUGGGUGUGGAGUACAACGUUAGUGUUUUCACCAACAAGGGCAACGUGGAAAGUGUGCCAGUGUCCACUAUUGUCAUUCCAGCUGUGCCAGCUCCCACAAACCUGCAGUUUGGAGGGGUGGGGCCCGACCACAUCAGGUUGACCUGGACCAUCCCCAGCGUCGCCACCCCGAGCGACAUCUCCCGAUUCGUGAUCCGCUACCACCCUGUGGCCACAGACGACGAUGUCAAGGAGGUUAAUGUUGGCGGAGCCACCAAUACCUUCCUGCUGCAGAACCUGCUGCCCAACACUGAGUACCGUGUCAGCGUUGUUUGCGUUUAUGGUGAGCGUGAAAGUGAGCCUGCCACUGGAACUCAAAGGACAACUCUGGACUCCCCAACUGGGUUGGACUUCUCUAAUAUCCAGACGAACUCCAUCACUGUCCACUGGCUGUCUCCGACAUCCACCAUCACUGGCUAUCGAAUCCUCUACCAGAAGACCAGCGGCGGGCGGGCCAAAGAGGAGAGGCUUCCCCCGACCCGGACCUACUUCACUUUGACUGGGCUGACCCCAGAAACGGAGUACAUUAUAUACGUGUAUGCUGUCAGCAACAAUCAGGAGAGUGAGCCUCUGACAGGCACACAGGCCACCGUCUCUGAUGCACCCACUGACCUGGAGGUUACGUCAUCCACCUCGACCAGCAUCUCUAUUCGCUGGGACGCCCCGUCUGUCUCUGUGAAGAACUACAGGAUCACCUAUGGGGGCACAGGAGGUGAAUCUCCGAAAGAGAUUUCAAUCGCAGGAACGCAGACCCACGCCACCAUCACGGGGCUGGAGCCUGGCACCGACUACACCAUCACAGUCUACGCCGUUACAGCCCGAGGAGACAGCCCUGCCUCCAACACACCCGUCUACAUAACUCACAGGACAGAUACCGAGGCCCCCCCCGAUAUGAGGGUCACUGAUGUGAGCGACAAUGCCAUCACAGUGCGCUGGUCUCCGGCUCAGGGGCCAGUUAGAGGCUACAGGAUCACAAGUGUCCCCAAGAAUGGUUUGGGACCCUCCUACUCCGAAGUGGUGGCCCCCGAUCAGAGAGAGAUGACGUUCACAGGCCUUAUGCCCACUGUUGAGUACGUCGUGAGCGUCUAUGCCCUGGGUAGCGAUGGACAGCCCUCUUCCCCUGUGGUGGAGAACGCUAUCACUGCCAUGGAUCGUCCCAAAGAGCUCCGCUUCUCAGACAUUGAUUCCACCUCCAUGCGCAUCACCUGGGACAGCCCGGACGGCACCGUGACGUCAUAUCGCGUCCUUUACUCAAGCCCAGAGGAGGGCGAGAGAGAGCUGCGUCCAGCCCCCCGGGGUGACCAGGACAGCGCGGUGCUGACAAACCUUCGUCCCGGGACGGAGUACACAAUUAAAGUCAUCGCCCUGCAUGGCCGAACACCCAGCCCGCCUUUGGUGGGAGCGCAAGCCACAGUUAUCCCUGCACCAACCGACAUGGUGGUCUCAGACGUGGGCCCCUCGGUCUUCACCGUGUCAUGGCGAGCUCCGUACGCACGCUUGACGGGAUACCGCGUGGUCGUCACCCCCAGCAACAUCAAUAGCCCCAGCAAGGAAAUGAGCGUUGCUCCAGACACCACCCGUGUUGUUGUACCGGGGCUGAUGGCAGCCACUUCGUAUCAGAUUCAGGUGUAUGCUCUGAAGAACUCGGUCACAAGCCGACCUCUGGAGGGAGAAACCACCACACUGGAGGAUGUGAGCUCUCCUCGCCGUGUACAGACCUACGAUGUAAAAGACACCUCUCUCAAGUUGGCCUGGCGCUCUAAGGGGAAAACCAUCACGGGUUUCCUGAUUGAAGCCACCCCAAGCGGCGGCUCACAUCCCACCAUCAGCAAGACGGUCCCAGGAGAUACUUACAGCUACACCCUCACAGGUCUACAGCCAGGCACCUCGUACACCAUCAACAUGUACACUCUGAAUGGCAACACAAGGAGCCCUCCAGUUACACUCAUUAUUGAAACAGCUCGACCAGUGAUCCACGCUCCCACCAACCUCCAGUACACGUCAGUGACCCCCAACUCCAUCUCCUUCACAUGGCAGCCACCUUCCACACAAGUCACAGGCUACUACGUCACAUAUGAGGAGUCGGGAAGGCCGCCGCGGGACCUCAUCCCGCAACCCCACGCAGGCCAAACCUAUGCCACCAUAACUGGUCUGAGACCAGACACAGUGUAUAUGAUCAAGAUCAUUGCAAUCCAAAAUACACAGAGAAGCACACCCCUGGUGGGCAGGAUAAGGACUCAGCCAGACUCCUUGCUUCCCCAGCCGCUGCCACAGCCCAACCAGCCCGGGGCUACUGACCGGCUCGAUGUGCCUGAAACGUUCGACAACAGAGUCCAGGUGGUGGGCCCCAAUAACCAGGAUAGGACUGUUGAUCAGAGCCAGCAUGUGGAGUACACGGAGUUCAACAGCGGAGAUGGAGGCAGACACAAUGUGAACAACCCACAGUCUCCCUUAGAGCAAGCUCGUGAGCCCCUGGUCUUUGUCCCCCUCCCCGAUGCAGAGGGGCAUAGAAAACCUAUUGUGAGGCUCACUGUUCCCAUCGGAUCUGCGUUUGAAAACGACUCCAGGGGGCCGCAGGAGGCCCAGACUCGGACCAGCAUCUCCUGGAAGCCUUACAGGCAGAGCAGCGCCUACCUGUUGUCGUGUUAUCCUCUCACAGACUUGGAUGAAAAGAUGUUCCAGGUCCGCCUGCCGGGCACGGCCACCACUGCCACCCUGAUCGGACUCACCCCCGGAGCAAACUAUAAUGUUAUUGUGGAGGCGCUUUUGGGGGCUCUUAAACACAAGAUUCUGGAGCAAGUCGUCACAGCCGCGAACACAAUCCCCAAUGGAGUCCCUUCCUCUAAGGACGCCUGUUACGACACCUUCACCGCCACCUACCACGACGUCGGUGCCGAGUGGGAGCGGAUGUCAGAGACGGGCUUCAAGCUGUGGUGCACGUGCUUGGGCCUGGGCAGCGGCCACUUCAGAUGCGACUCAUCGAAGUGGUGCCACGACAACGGCGUCAACUAUCGGAUUGGAGACCAGUGGGACCGUCAGGGGAACAACGGCCACUUGAUGACCUGCACUUGUAUGGGAAACGGCAAAGGAGAGUUUAAGUGCGAACCACAUGAAUCCUUUUGCUAUGACGGCACCAAGACCUACCGGAAGGGCAGCCAGUGGCAGAAGGAGAACAUGGGGUCCAUCUGCACCUGCACGUGCUUUGGAGGACAACAGGGCUGGCAGUGUGAAAACUGUCGCAGACCAGGAGCAGAUAUGGAUAUCAGUCUGGUGCAGCCGGUCCGAUACGGUGACAAAGUGCUGCGCAAGAACGUCCACUGCCCCAUCGAGUGCCUCCGACCCGAGUUGCUGGCAGACGUACACGUUCCUCAGAACUAGCGGAGACAGCGGACGGGUCACCUGACACCUGCCUCGCCCCGGCUUCGUCCGGUUGUCUCACCCCUGUAGAAGCCACGCCGUUCGUGUGACUGACACCGCCGCAUCACUUUCCUGUCCCGUUCCAUGUUACACUGCCCUGCUGUCUGCUGAGUCCCGCCCACGUCCCGGCGCCAGUCUUCUCACUGUCGGCUCCAAAUCCAACCCCUUCGUCCACGUUCUUCAUGUGAGCCUGAGUCACGGGCACUAAGGACUCGUCACAUUCAAAUUUACUGUAUGCAAUUGUCAAACUCGCUUUUUGUCCGCUGUUCAAUUUUUUAAAAACAAUUCCUAAAGAUGACCAGAAAGCACUGUUAAGAAUGUCUCCGUAGUUAUUAACCAUUUUGUUUCAAUUGUCCUUGAAAAUGGGCUUUUCCUUUCUGUUGCUCCUCUGUUGGCAGAGGAGUCGCACUGUGUGUGACUGACUUGCUGAUUUGUAGUGCCUCUUACUAAUUUAUCCCUUUAAUCUCAUUUUAUGAAUGUGUGAACAAGGUUGUGAGAAUGUGAACUAUUCUAUUUUUGUAUUGUUGUCAGUGCCAAAGUAAUUUCUACCUUUGACGUAAAAAGUGCCUUAUUUUAAUAAAGCUGGACACAUCCUGAAAUGCAGUGUUUCAUUUGGUUUUAUGGUUGUAUGCACGUGGUCUGCA